CUGUGCACUGGCCUCCGCCAUCCCGCGAUAUGCAUUACUACGCGGCCACAUCUUUUACUAAAACUUAAACCGUACCAUAUCAUCCCACGUCUGCGAGACGACCGAUGAUGUAGAAACGAUCGGGUGGAGGCAUUCGUGUAAAUUUAAGAAAUAUAAGAGAACGUGAUAAUUAUGACAAGCAAUAUUCUAUUAAAAUAUCAUGGAUUCGAAAACGCUUGCACUUAAAAAUUGGAAUAAUAAUUUAUCUAACCUGCUUAUUGGCAUAUCAGAAGUAUGGAUAUUCAGAAACAGCACUUAUGCCCUCGGCUGGUGGAUUAUCUAACUAUUGUUGGUGCACGACCAUAUACCUCCGGCAAAGGCCUCGCUCCAGUUCAGGCUCCGGAACUUCUUCGUCGGUAUCCACUCACAAAUCACAAUGAUUUUCCACUGCCGCUGGACAUGGUGUACUUUUGCCAACCUGAGGGCUGUGUAUCGGUGGGUCCACGCCGCACUCCCUCACAUCUCGCCACCAGGGAUACUACAUCCUUCGUCUUCACUCUCACAGACAAGGAUUCAGGGAAAACGCGUUAUGGCAUCUGCGUUAAUUUCUACCGCGCGGUGGAACGAGCGCCGGCGCCGGGCCCGCGCGAAAACAGGAUGCUACGUCGGGAGUCCUGGCGUAAGUCCAUGGAAAAAAGUUCCGACUCAGCAUUCUCCAGUGACUAUAGGAGCAGCAACGUAGCGCCGAGUGACUCCGAACGCGACUGUAGCGCGACAUUGGGCCCUCGUCUUGCCGCCGCUCAAGACUCCGAGAGCGGCGGCUCGCAUUCGCCCAGUCCGCGAGCCACCAGAAAGCGGCAGAGAAUUAGAAAUCAUUCGCUAACAUCGUUAUGUCUACUAUCACAUCAUCCAUUCUUCUCCACAUUCCGAGAGUGCCUAUUUAUCCUUAAAAAAUUAAUAGAUGCAUGCAACGAGUCUUCCAGUCCACGACGUGUUGGGGCGUCCAGACAAAUAUUUAGGGAUACUGUUUGGUCAGUACUGACGGGCCAAGCUUAUGACAACACGCCGACUAUUGUCCUACAUGAUGUGAAAGAGAUAGAGACAUGGAUCCUCCGUCUCCUUUCUGCGCCGGUGCCUGUGCCAGGGAAAACUAGGAUCGAGCUCGAAGUUCUGUCUCCUACUGCACAUGCACCGCUGUUAUUCGCAUUACCUGAUCAUACUCGUUUUGCACUGGUUGAUUUUCCCCUACAUUUACCUUUGGAACUUUUAGGUGUGGACACAUGUCUGAAAGUGCUGACUUUGAUCCUGUUAGAAAACAAAGUGGUGGUUCAAUCACGCGACUACAAUGCACUCUCGAUGUCUGUAAUGGCGCUCGUUGCGAUGCUGUACCCGCUUGAAUAUAUGUUCCCUGCUAUACCCUUGCUGCCCAGUUGUAUGAGCUGCGCGGAGCAACUGCUUCUGGCACCCACUCCAUUCCUAAUAGGAAUCCCUGCUACAUUUCUUACAUACAAAAAGAAUUUUAGACUACCAGACGACAUAUGGCUUGUCGAUUUAGACGCCACAAAACUUAUAAGUCCUACGGGCAACGAUCAAGACUUACCCCCUCUGCCCGAACCAGAGGGGUCAGUACUAAAAAACCAUUUAAAACAGGCCAUGCAACUAAUGGGAAGUGCCGGAGCUGGUGCUUUGAGCAGUCUGACGAAUAGUACUGCGGAACAAGCGACCGCACUAUUGAUGCCAUCGAGGCGAGACAGUGUGGGCGGAGCAACACUCAAGGUUCAGCCCGCGUCGCUGCGUACCGGGUCCGGAGGCGAGGGCGCGCAUUCAGCCCCGCACAGCACGCCGGAGAGCCGCCGCGUGUCGGUGGGCGCGGCCUCCGCCGGACACACUCCCCAGCGACUCUCGCUCGCGUCCCCGCAGCCCCACCAACCGCAACCGUUCAACCCGCUCAUAUACGGCAACGACGUCGACUCGGUCGAUGUCGCCACCAGAGUCGCCAUGGUCCGUUUCUUCAACUCGCAAAAUAUUCUGGCUAAUUUCAUGGAGCACACGCGCACGCUGCGGCUGUACCCGCGGCCUGUAGUCGCCUUCCAAAUCAACAGUUUCCUACGUUCUCGCCCUAGAACAACGUCAUUUCUAAACAAGUUUGCUAGAACGCAGGCGGUAGAGUUCCUAGCGGAGUGGUCACUGACGCCGUGCAACGUUGCGUUCCUGCGCGUGCAGACGGGCGUGUUUGAUCCCCGACAAAUCGGCGACAAGCCCAAGUGGUUCGCCGACACCCUGCAGCCCAUUCGGUUCGCCGUCUGGGACGACGGCAGUUCAUUGAAUGGUGCUUUAAGGCAGUUACAACGACAUGAGAACCAACCAACCGACGAAAGCGGUUCAGAUUCGGAAGCCGCUGAAAGCACAAGUUCUUCCUACUCUUCACUAAGUGACUUCGUUUCAGAAAUGGUUUCAUCUGACUUAUCACCUGGUGGUAAUCAUCAACAACAUGUCGUUGGAGAAACAUAUAGCGCUGUGGUACAAGUUCCUAUGACGCUGUCAUCAUCAUUGGAUCCAAAAACUGUGUACAGUCCACCGUCGUCAUUAUUAUUCGGCGAAGGACCAGGGGCGGCAGACGAGCGCGGGGACGGUGAAGGGGCGGGGCGGACGUCGACGUCGCCGUCGCCGUCACCGUCCAGCUCGGAGCGCAGCGACCUCUCCGACGACGAGCCACCUGCGCGAGACCACCGUGCGGCUGACCCUACCCAUCCGCUGCCAGUUAAAAAGAGCGACACAGACAGUGGCAGUUUCGGGCGGGAGUCGGACUCGAACUCGACGACGACGCCGAAGACGGUGGUGAGCCGGCAGCGCGCGGCCGCCGACAGCGCCAGCACCAGCGACUCGGAGCGCGCGCUCACGCCCUCGCACGCCUCGCUCGCCUCCAUCUCCGCCUCCGCCCCCGCCUCCGCCUCCGCUUCCGCCUCUGCCCACCACCACUCGCACGUAAAGAGUAUCAGUAGUGGUGUAUCCCGACAAGCGUCACAAACUUCUUUACUGGAACAAUUUGCGGCUCAGGCCAAGGAAUUAGUAAGGGAGACCACACGGCAGAGUAGCCAGGAGGGGAUACUCGCACAUAUGGAUAAGAAAGGAAAAGUGGCAGACGGAGAAGAAAAGAAAAUAUUUGCGCCUUUUGGUCAGUUAACCCUUCACGCCAAGAAGGCCGCUGAAGAAGCGUCAAAGAGUAUGCAGGAAGCAUCUAAAACUGCAUUAGAAGCAAGUAAGACUGCUACCGCUGUUAGUAAAAACACGUUCGAAGAUCUUACUUACGUGAGCAAAUCUACAUUUGGUGAUCUAACGAAGAGCGCUAAGGAAGCUGCUGCUAAGAAAGGACUGUUGAUCAAGGGAGAAAGUCAAGAGUCACCGGGCGGACCAAAUGCGCGUCGUGAUUCUACUGCAUUACAAACUACGAAUUUGCUUGCAGCAACACAUCGAGACUUUUUUUCCAACAUCAGUUCAGAUUUAAACGGGCUUGCUGCGUCUACUUCUAGUAUGUUCAGUGACUUCUUUGGUUCCAAAGGCAAGCAACCGACGAGCGGCGGCGGCGGUGCGGGGGGCGCGGGGAGCGGCGCGGGGGUCGGCGGGGGCGGAGGGGGUGCGGCGCUGGCGGCCACGUUCGGUCCGUUCUCGCAGGGCGCUCGCGGGCUGGUGGCGCGGUCGCCCCUGGUGCGGCACGCCGCGCCGCCGCCGGCCGACCCCCCGCACGCGCGCCCCGCCGCCAACACAGAGAACCAGGCCUUCCUCAACGACCUCGUGCAGCAUGUUUUGGAAGGAGAAGGUGUCGGCUGGUUGAAACUAAAUCGACUGAAGAAACUGAUGGAGGACGAGUCUUAUAGAAACAUGGUGCUCAGUAAACUAAAUAGAAACUUCAACAGAAAAGCUACACCAUGUGACAAGGUCGAUGAUGUGUUCAUAAGCAAGCCGGUGUGGAAGGGCAUGCUGAAGGUGCUGCAGGCGGUGGUGCACGGGCUGGAGCACACGUACUCGAACUUCGGUCUGGGCGGCAUGGCAUCGGUGUUCCAGCUGGCGGAGAUGGCGCACACGCACUACUGGAGCAAGGAACUGGCCGCGCUCGACGGCGCCGGCGCAGCGCUCCUCGACUUCCGCCACGACCUCGACACGCCCUCCUCCUCGCCCUCCUCCAGGAAGAGCUCGCAGCCAGAUAUACCGAUUGUUAACUACCCUGACAUGGAUUCCACCGAGGCGCAGAGUACAACCGAAAUGUUCAAGGACAUGUUAAAUCAAAAGAGGAAUUUUCUAUUCAGCAAACUUACUUCCUUUGACUCAGACGCGGCGCCCUCGUCCGAUUGUUCGGCCGACGAGAGCGGCUCUAUCACCACCAACCGAGCCAAUCUCUUCGAUCAUCGCGCCUCCUUUAAGUCCAACCUCUCUGAUACUGACGUCAUGUUCCUCAAUGUGGGUCGAGGGGGCGGAGGAAAGCCUCGUGCGGCGAGCGUUUUCUCAUCGAAGUCAUCGCUCGGGUACCGGCCGCCUCCGCCAGUGGGGGUGCCGGCCACCUCGCCGCUCACCUCACCAGAAACCGUCAGGACAUAUCUCUUUCAAGGACUCAUUGGCAAAGAAAAAUCGAACUUAUGGAAUCAAAUGCAAUUUUGGGAAGAUGCUUUUUUGGACGCUGUCAGCCAAGAGCGAGACAUGAUCGGUAUGGACCAGGGUGCGAAUGAGAUGAUGGAAAGGUACAAGUGUUUGAGUGAGACUGAGAGGAAACGCCUCGAGCACGAGGAAGACAGAUUGUUGUCCACUGCUCUAUAUAAUUUGACUGCGGCUAUGGUACUGGUCGGUGUUGACGCUGAUAUAGUACGCAAUAAAGUGCGGAGACUACUCGCCAAGAGUCAUAUCGGACUAGUCUACAGUCAGGAAGUCAAUCAUUUGCUCGAUGUUGUUCAUACUUUGCACGGGAACGACAUCUCGCUGAAACCCCUCGGCUCGCGUCUGCUGCGGCGCGCGUCGUUCACGGUCCACGAGGCGGACGCGGCCGGCGAACUGCGCUUCAUGGAAGUACGCGACGACGGCCUCGUGCUUAGAUCCACGCAAGGGACAAUCGUGGAAAGGUGGUGGUAUGAGAGAUUGGUCAACAUGACUUAUAGUCCGAAAAUAAGAGUUUUGUGCCUUUGGAGGAAAAGUGGCGGUCAAACGCAACUACAUAAAUAUUAUACUAAGAAGUGCAAGGCCCUGUAUUACUGCAUAAAGGAGGCGAUGGAGAAAAGUGGGCGGCGACAAGAUGCAGCCGAGCUCGGCGGCGAGUUCCCUAUACAGGAUUGCGCCACGGGCGAGGGCGGCCUUAUUCAGGUGUGCAUGGAAGGCGUCGGUCUUCUAUUCCAUCACAGCAAGUUCUUUGUGCGGCUCGAUCAUAUUCGAAAAUGCUUCACACAGAACGGAGGUAUCUUCGUUUUAGAAGAAUUUAAUCCCAAAACGAGGCAAAUACUACAGAGGAAGUACAAAUCUAUUAUGGCGGACCAGAUAUGUUAUGCGGUGUUAUGCGUGUUCUCGUACUUCGCGGCAGGCCACGAACAGAAAAAAGUGAUCCUAGAGCAGGCGGCGCGCGUGCCUCCGGCUCUGCCAGCCAACGUGACACCCGUGUCGCCUUCCUCACACGCACAGCGGAGCCCUAAAGCCGAGGUCGAGGCGAUCUCGCCUAAACAGAAGACAAGUCCACAGACGGAGCGGAGAUCGCCAGUGAAUCGUGCGGGGGAAGCCCGGGCGACGUUCGCUAAGAGCGAGGGGAGCGCCGUGGCGGAGUCCCGGGAGGGGGGUGCUGCGGCGUCCCCCCCGCGCCGGCCGCCGCCCCCCGCGCCGCUGCAGCAGCGCCUGGCGCGCGCGCACUCGCACGCCGCGCCGCCACGACCGCCCGAUCCGCCGCUGAUACCACCACGCACGGGUUCGGUGUGUGGGAGUUCUGGGACCACAGCGACCGGAAGUCGUCCGAUCGGACCGCCGCCUGCUCUACCGCCGCGACAGAUGUCCGUUGCGGCCGACUUCAGUGCAGCAACCAAGACGGGGGGCAGUGGCAACAGCAGCCCGGCCCGGCGGCCGCCGACGCGGCAGGCCUCCGCCGCGGGCGCGGGCCCGGCCGCCACCGGAGCCCCCGCCGCCGCCACGUUCGCGCCCACCAACCCUUUCACGCCGCGCCACCACGCCGAGUUCGUCAUCCCGCAGCGCACCAAUGUCCGCCGAUCCUCCACCACCGACCGGAACUGACCACUAUCUUAAUUAACCGAGUUUUGUACGUAUCGUCGAAAAAUGUAGCAAAUUAAUAAAUAUCUAUUUGGAUGGUGGCGCGGGGUUAGCGAACCCACCCUGGAAUAUCGUAAAUAGGUACCUUUUACAAAAUGUGAUAAUACAUGUAGAUGUAU